AUGUCAGUUUUCCUUGCUAUACUGGUAUUCAUGCACCUGCACGAGGUGAAGCCUGAGAUAGAGCAGUCGUUGGACGAGUAUCGUCUGCAGCAGACUGGACCCUUGUGGAUGCAUGGCCUGCCCAUGAUCAGCAGUACGGUCCAGCUGCUCGAGUGGACCACUGUAGGACUUAGUCGUCUCCGCUCCCACCUCCGCUCCCACCUCCUCGACCGCAUCAUUUAA